CUCGUUGCAACCCUUAUUUCGCUCUCUUCAGCUCCCUAUCUGUUUCUGUUCCCCUCCUUUCAUCCUCCCUUGGCUUCUCUCCCUGGCCAUCUCUCUUGAGCCCUGGAAUGGGUAUCCCUCGCCAUCUCCCAUGCCGGGAGUAUCUCCCCUGGCUUAGCUCUCACCCCUGCACCUCAUUCUUUGUAUUCCUCUAGCACUCCCGGUCUCCCCAGCAUCUCUCCUCCCCCGCCUGGCUCUGGCCUCCCCCUGCCUCCCCAUCUUAAGACUCCUCCCCCUAGCUCCUCUCCCCUCCCCUCCCUCCGCCUCACUCCACUCCCUGCCUGCACGCCAGGGUUUCUUUCCACCGUGGGGGUCUCUGAGCCUCCCAUUCUCCUCUCCGCCUGCCUUCUCCCUCACCUCAGGGGUAGCGAGCCCCCAUUUUUUCUGCCUGAGCAUCCUCUCACCACCCCCCACUGCCACUGACUCUCUCCCCACCCUCUCCUCUUUGCUCCUCUCUGCCCCUUUAAAUCUGCCUGGCCCAGCCUCCCCCUUGAUGCUGGGUUUGGAGCAAACAUUGAUUUGUGCUGGGAUGGAAUUGGAAUUUUGAUUUUUUUUCCCCUUUCCCAACCAUAAGAAGAAAAAAAAUAAAAAACACCCCCUCUUGAUAGCCCCCUCCUCUUUCCCAUCCAGCUCCCAGCUCCUCUUUGCUGUCUCCUUUCAAGGCAGAUUUUUUCCCCCCUACACUUAUUCUCAUCCCCUCCACCCUGCCACUACCUCACCCCCCACACUAGCCUGCACCUUCAGCCGAGAAGAGGGGACUCUCCCAUAGCUCCCCCACCUUCCUUCUCUGGGUUGUAGCCAUCUCUCCGGAAAGGAAGGGGGCUUGGCUUGUCCGGGUGAGGUGUGAGUGGAGGGACCCUGCCAUGGAAACUGCGCCCGGGAGGCAGCCUGAGCCCCAGCUCACAUGCCACUCAGGAUGAGGGUCCGGCCCUGCCUGCCCGCUCUGGGGCCCCUCCGCCCAGCCCCGGUCUAACUGCCCCCGCCCCCAGGCCUCGCCCGGACCCCAGGCCCCCAGCCGGCUCUCCAGCCCCAGGAUGCGCUGAGCUGCCGGGGGGCUGAGGCCGCGCCAACUACAUGCAUGUCCCCCGGGGGCAAGUUCGACUUUGACGACGGGGGCUGCUACGUGGGGGGCUGGGAGGCGGGGCGGGCACAUGGCUACGGCGUGUGCACCGGGCCCGGCGCCCAGGGAGAGUACAGCGGCUGCUGGGCUCACGGCUUCGAGUCGCUGGGUGUCUUCACGGGGCCCGGCGGACACAAUUACCAGGGCCACUGGCAGCAGGGCAAGCGCGAAGGGCUGGGCGUGGAGCGCAAGAGCCGCUGGACCUACCGCGGCGAGUGGCUGGGCGGGCUGAAGGGGCGCAGCGGCGUGUGGGAGAGCGUGUCCGGCCUGCGCUACGCCGGGCUCUGGAAGGACGGCUUCCAGGACGGCUACGGCACGGAGACCUACUCCGAUGGAGGCACUUACCAAGGCCAGUGGCAAGCCGGAAAACGCCACGGCUACGGGGUGCGCCAGAGUGUACCCUACCACCAGGCGGCGCUUCUGCGCUCACCCCGCCGCACCUCCCUGGACUCCGGCCACAGCGACCCCCCGACGCCGCCUCCACCCCUACCCCUACCAGGAGAUGAAGGAGGCAGCCCAGCCUCCGGCUCCCGAGGCGGCUUCGUGCUGGCGGGGCCAGGGGACGCCGAUGGGGCGUCUUCCCGUAAGCGCACCCUAGCAGCAGGUGGAUUCUUCCGCCGUUCACUGCUGCUCAGUGGGCUCCGGGCUGGUGGGCGCCGCAGCUCCCUGGGCAGCAAGAGGGGAUCUCUACGCAGCGAGGUGAGCAGCGAAGUGGGCAGUACAGGACCCCCGGGCUCCGAGGCCAGCGGGCCCCCUAUCCCAGCGCCACCUGCCCUCAUCGAGGGCUCAGCCACUGAGGUGUACGCUGGUGAGUGGCGUGCGGACCGGCGCAGUGGCUACGGAGUGAGCCAGAGAUCCAACGGGCUGCGCUAUGAAGGCGAGUGGCUGGGCAACCGACGACACGGAUACGGGCGCACCACCCGGCCCGACGGCUCUCGUGAGGAGGGCAAGUACAAGCGCAACCGGCUGGUGCACGGGGGACGUGUCCGCAGCCUCCUGCCACUGGCCCUUAGACGGGGCAAAGUCAAGGAGAAAGUGGAUAGGGCUGUCGAAGGUGCCCGUCGAGCUGUGAGUGCUGCCCGCCAGCGCCAGGAAAUUGCUGCUGCCAGGGCAGCAGACGCCCUCCUAAAAGCAGUGGCAGCCACCAGCGUCGCAGAGAAGGCUGUGGAGGCAGCGCGGAUGGCCAAGCUGAUAGCCCAGGAUCUACAACCCAUGUUAGAGGCCCCAGGCCGCAGACCCAGACAGGAUUCAGGAGGUUCUGACACAGAGCCUCUGGAUGAGGACAGCCCUGGGGUAUACGAGAAUGGACUGACCCCCUCAGAGGGCUCUCCGGAACUGCCCAGCAGCCCUGCCUCCUCUCACCAACCUUGGCGAGCCCCUGCCUGCCGGAGCCCACUGCCUCCUGGAGGGAACUGGGGGCCCUUCUCCAGCCCUAAAGCUUGGCCCGAGGAAUGGGGGGGUCCUGGUGAGCAGGCAGAGGAACUAGCUGGCUAUGAGGCUGAGGAUGAGGCUGGGAUGCAGGGUCCAGGACCAAGAGAUGGUUCCCCACUUCUUGGAGGCUGCAGUGACAGUUCAGGAAGUCUUCGAGAGGAGGAAGGGGAAGACGAAGAGUCCUUGCCCCAGCUGAGGGCUCCAGGAGGCUCAGAGUCUGAGCCUGUCACCACACCAGUUUUGAGGGGCCUGUCUUCAAGGGGUCCUGAUGCUGGCUGCCUGACAGAAGAGUUUGAGGAGCCUGCUGCCACCGAGAGGCCUGCCCAGCCGGGAGCUGCCAACCCCCUGGUGGUGGGAGCUGUGGCCUUGCUGGACCUCAGCCUGGCGUUCCUGUUCUCCCAGCUCCUCACCUGAGGCAACAUCCUGGCUUCCUCCGGGCUGUGGUUGCCUGCCUCUGCACCCACUCUGACCUUUGACCUGCCUUCUCUUCUCUCCUCCACCCACUUGUGUUUUCCCUCUUUCCUUUCUCCUGGCCCCUUUCUUUUUGUCUCUUGCUUCUUCCUUCCCUCUAUUCUUUGAGAUGGUCUCAUUUAUUCUGGACCUGUCUCUGGUCUUCCUGGUUUUCUUUCCCACCCAGACCCUUUCUCUCUCUAGAUUGUUUACAUAUGAAGGGCUGUUCUCUCUCAGAGUUGCUCUCUCCUCUGAGAUACACAAAUCUAAGUCAGACCAUUGCCCCCCCCCCCACGUCCUCCCCAGCCUUUUCUUUGAAUCAAAACUUCACCAAGGGUGGGGGUUUGGUGUCCUGAGGAAUCUCCUGGAAUCUGAGUGGAGGGGAGAAAGAGAAUGCAUAAGAAGUGACUGACUGGCCAGACAAGGCGCCGACUGAGCCACUUGGGGCUCACUGGCCCCAGUGGGAAGCUGCAGGAAGAGUACCCUCCACUCUUACCUCCCAGAACCUACCUAAGUUCUUGCCUAAUUUGAUCCUUCCCUGAGGGAGAAAGGUGGAGUGAACAACAGGAAACUCCCCGUGCUCCCUCUCCUGUCCUCCUCAGCCAGUCCCUGUCCCAACCUCCAAGGAUGGCACGCCAAGCCAAGAGCAACGUGAAAAGCAUUGAAAACCAUCUGGUGCACCAAGCCCACCCCUCUUCAGACUCUGCCACUCACCUCUCUGUCCUUCUCCACCCCCUGAAAAUUUCUUUGGUUGGUCUGGACUCACUUGUGGCCUUUGAUUAAAUUCCUAAGGGGCCUGAAGAAGACAUUUCUGCAGAGGGUUAGAGGCACUGCAGCAAGCGAGGACCCCACUCCUCAGCUCUGGCAGUUGUGGGGAGCACACAUAAGAAGAGAACCGAGGGGCAGAAGAUGCCUCCACAAGUCUAGUUUGCAGCCCCUCACAUAGAACCCUGUGAGAUGGGAAACUAAAGGGAAUCGCUGUCUCCCACACUUCCAGGCAGGGCAGAGAUGGGUGUCAACCCCAGAUGAGAGGUGGGUGAAGAGCUUGUUUGAGAUAUAGCUGAUCCCCGUUACUAGCUUUUCCACUGGGGACAGAAAGCUCUACAAGAGGGAACGGGAGAACCCCAGGGGAACUUUCCUUCCCUGCAUGAGGCAGAGGCAAGCUGCCUGCCAAUCCCCUUCCUCAAGGAAUGGCCUUGCCCAGGAAUGCCCACCACACACUCUUCUUAUUUUUCUAGUCAACCUCUGUUUACUCCCUGGCCUGCCUUCCUCCUUCCUUCCUUCCUUCCUUCUCAGUCUUUACUUCUGGUUUCUAUUUCAUGGAAUUUGGGAUUGAAGUUAUACAACAGUGCCGCCAACAUCAAGUCUUGCAGGAAAAAAAAAAAUAACAAAGAAAUUUAACAAAAAAAGUAUAUUAAUAAAAAAGUUCCAAAAAGGGG